GAUAAAUACCAUAAAGACGAAUCUCACAAAAUUGACAAACACUGGAGUAAUAACAAUGAAAAAGGCCACUUCCAUGAUUUCGGAGAAGGAGGAGAACAUUAUUAUACGCACGGUGCCAAGAAGGAGCAGGGAGGCAAGUUUUCGAAAAGUUCCGGAGGAGAUCGAUAUGGAAAGAAAGGUCAACAUGGGAAGGGCCAUCACAGGUCGGGUCACAAGGGACAUAAAGGACACCAUGGCCAUCAUGGCCAUCAUGGUCACGAAAGCCACUACGCUAAAAAGAGCGGCUUUCACGGCAGCAAAAAGCACGGUUAUGGUCAUGGAUAAGCCCCUAGUGGCUAAAAUCAUCUCUUCUGCAUGGAUAGCGAACGGCAUCACAAAACAAUAAUUUAUAAAACAGAUGUAUAAAUCACUUGCAUAAAAGCUUAAUGGGAGAAGAAAUUCAGAGCAUUCCAUUGGUAUCCGAUUCC